AUGAUUUUGCAUCUUUUAGAAAAAGGUGCUGAUAUGGACAUAAAAGAUUUUGAACGUUUGAGUCUAUUUGAUCAUGCGAAAAAUAAUCAAAUCGAUUUGGAUACAAUAAAAAGUGACAAAAUAGAAAAUUCAAAAGAAUUUGAAAAUCGAUUAUAUGCUUUACAAAAAUUUGAUAAUUUUCUUAGGAAGUUACAAUCUGUAGAUUUUAUUGGGUAUGUAGAAAGUAAAAAUAUUAGUAAGUUAGAUAAUAGAUUAUUUUAUAAAGUUCGAAAAAAAGAUCUUUAUAAAGUAGCAAACAUUGAAGAAGCAAAAAUAAAAGUAAAAAAAGAUUUCUGUUCACAUUAUGCAUUAGAGAUUAUAUAAGAACUAUUAAAAUACAUUAAAAAUCUCAAAAUAUUUAAUCGAUCAACUCCAAUAGAAAUGAAUAAAAUAAAAACCGAAUUAAUAAUGGCAAUAGGAAAAGCAUUUAAAUAUUUAAAUGAUCAAUUAAGAUACAGCAGUUCAGAAAAAUUUAAAAAUGAUUGUAUUAUUCCAUUUAAAGAUGUUAUAGUUGCAAGUGAAUCUUACAAAGAAUUUUCUAAUAAAUUAGAAAAAAUUGAUUUGUAUGUCUUAUAUGAUAGAAAAUUAAAAGAAAUAACGAUUGUUCAUGCAUUAGAUUUAUUUCAAAAGAGAAAUGAAAAUUUCUCUAAAUGGAACAUCAUAAAGAAAGCCUUUUUGAAAUAUGAAGAAUCUGUUAAACAAUAUUUUCGUAUUAUUAUAGAUAAAAAGAAUACAAUUGAAUAUAUUGAUCAAAGAAACAAAAAGUUUGAAUAAAGAAUUAAAUUUGAAAAAAACAGCU